AUGGAAUCUCGUCUUGGUAUCAGGAUGCCGACCGCCGCCUUGGAGCCGAUUUGGCACCUCCCGCCCGUCGCCGACGUGUCGCCCCUCCAAGUGUGGUGGCAGCUUGUAUGCACAUGGAGACCGGCCAUGGAACCCACAAUUGAUCCUGAUGUUUCUGAGAUGGCCGAUUUGUUGCCUCCCAGCACUUCUGGGAUGAUGAUUCCAGCGGUGCCGGCACAUCUUCCUGCAGCUGGGGAUAACUCAGAGACAGAUGAAGAGGAUGGCUGGGAGUUUGUCAAUGUUUCUGACACCCUUCUGCACGCAGUGCUGUUUCUUUGGCACAUGCAGAUUGUCUUUCUCGUUUCCAUUGUGCACAUGCAGCUUUGUUGCUUCUGCACACAACAUCGGUGGCAUUGA